CUACUACGUCGGAGCAGAUCCAACAGAUUGAAGAGGCGAUGGCUCCAAAACAGCCGAAUACAGGGCUAUCUGUUGGCCUAAACAAAGGCCAUGUUGUGACCAAGAAGGAAUUAGCUCCACGCCCUUCUGACAGAAAAGGGAAAACAAGCAAAAGAAUCCACUUUGUGAGGAGUCUUAUCAGAGAAGUUGCUGGAUUUGCUCCAUACGAGAAGAGGAUCACUGAGCUUCUUAAAGUUGGAAAGGACAAGCGUGCCUUGAAGGUAGCCAAGAGGAAGUUGGGUACUCACAAGAGGGCGAAGAGGAAGAGAGAAGAGAUGUCUAGUGUUCUCCGCAAGAUGAGGGCUACUGGAGGUGGUGAAAAGAAGAAGUGAGGCCUGUAUCCACCACUAUUGAUGUUUGAAGGACCCAGUUAGUUAAUUCACCAGCUUUUACAUUUGCAAUGUAUUUUUGUUUUCAAGAAAGACUUGUGAUCAAAAGUUCCCUGUUUAUGUU